AUGACUCGUUUGUACGCCCUUCCCCUGCUGGCUUUGGCCUCAAUGGGUCUCGCCAGUCAGGAUGCGUUUGAGUCCAAAUGUACCUCGUUCGCCGAGAAGAUCAACAUCCCUAAUGUCAAGGUCAAUUUGGCCGAAGUGGUGAAGGGUGGCACCAACGUCUCGUUGGCCGACAAUCCGUCCAGCUGCGCCCAGACCCAGGGCUCGACGCAAAGAGUCUCAGUAGACGUAUGCCGCAUCGCCAUGGCCGUGUCCACUUCCGACAGCAGUAACAUCACGCUCGAGGCCUGGUUCCCGCGCGAGUACAAGGGCCGCUUCCUCAGCACUGGCAACGGCGGUCUUUCUGGGUGUAUCCAAUACUACGACUUGGCCUAUACCGCGCAAUUAGGCUUCGCCACGGUCGGCGCCAACAAUGGCCACAACGGCACCUCGGGCAAGCCUUUCUACCAUCACCCGGAAGUGCUCAAGGACUUUGCCUAUCGCUCCUUGCACACGGGAGUCGUGGUGGGCAAGCAACUCACCAAGAAGUUCUACGAUGAGGGCUUCAACAAGAGCUAUUAUCUCGGCUGUUCAACCGGAGGUCGACAAGGGUGGAAAUCCGUCCAGAAAUACCCGAACGACUUUGACGGCGUGGUGGUAGGAGCGCCGGCAAUCAACUUCAUCAACUUGCUUUCAUGGAGCGCACACUUCUACCCCAUCACGGGGCCCCCGUCCUCCAAAACGUUCCUAUCCACUGCAGAUUGGAAAGUCGUUCAUGAGGAGAUCCUGCGACAGUGCGACUCUCUCGACGGUGCAAAGGACGGUAUCAUCGAAGACCCGGAUUUAUGCCGGCCAAUCCUCGAGACUCUGAUCUGCGCAUCCCACGCCUCGAACACAACCAACUGUCUGUCCAGCGCACAGGUGCAAACCGCCCAGCAAGUCUUCUCCCCACUGUAUGGCAUCAACGGCACCUUGCUCUACCCGCGCAUGCAGCCCGGCUCCGAGCUCCUCGCCGCACCCAUCAUGUACAGCGGUAAGCCGUUCGAAUACAGCGACGACUGGUACAAGUACGUGGUGUACAACGAUCCCUCCUGGACUGGCACCCAUUGGACAGUCAAGGACGCGGCCGUGUCCCUAGCCCAGAACCCCUACAACAUCCAGACGUGGGAUAGUGACCUGUCCCAGUUCCAAAAGACCGGAGGCAAGGUGCUUCAUUACCACGGCUUGCAGGACCAGCUGAUCAGCUCUGAGGACUCGAAACUGUACUAUUCGCGGGUCUCGGAUACCAUGAAGCUGCCGCCAUCCAAGCUGGACGAGUUCUAUCGCUUUUUCCCCAUCAGUGGUAUGGGCCACUGCGGUGAUGGCGAUGGCGCCAAUGGGAUUGGCCAGGGACUGAAGACUUACGGUGGCAAGGAUGCACAGGACAAUGUGCUGAUGGCUAUGGUAAAGUGGGUGGAAGAGGGCGUGGCCCCGGAGACUGUCCGUGGUGCCAAAUUUGCGAAUGGGGCUGGCUCCAAGGUGGAAUACCACCGCAAGCACUGCCGCUACCCGCGACGCAAUGUGUUUAAGGGCCCUGGGAAAUCUACCGAUGAGAAUGCGUGGCAUUGCGUCUAG